AUUCAAACAUCCCAAGAAAACCUCAAUCAUGGCCACAUCAAGUUUGCAUUUUCUUGUUUCUUUCAUGGGCGUUCUUGUCUUUUCACACUCCUCUCUUCUUCUCACACUCUCGGACUCCUCCGUCGACGGCUUCCUCUACGGCGGCUGCUCCCGGAUAAAGUACUCCUCCGACUCGCCCUACGAGUCCAACCUCAACUCGCUACUCACUUCCCUGGUCAACUCGGCCACCUACUCGUCCUACAACAAGUACAGCGUGAUGGGGUCGAGCCAGGCGGACGUGGUGAACGGCCUCUACCAAUGCCGCGGCGACCUGUCCAUGCCGGACUGCGCCACCUGCGUGGCCCGGUCGGUGAGCCAGCUCGGCGACCUCUGCCGCCAGACCUGCGGCGGCGAGCUGCAGCUCAACGGGUGUUUCGUGAAGUACGACAACACGAGCUUCGUCGGGGCGGAGGAUAAGACGGUGGUGUACAAGAAGUGCGGGCCGUCGAACGGGUUCGACGCGGAGAUGAUGAGCCGCCGCGACGCCGUUCUGGCGGGGCUGAUGAGUGGGGCCGGAGGGCUGUACAGAGUGGGUGGGUCCCAGGAGGUGAACGGCGUGGCGCAGUGCGUCGGUGAUCUCAGCAACGGGAAGUGCCAGAGUUGUAUAGCGGAGGCGAUCAACCGCCUCAAGACGGAGUGCGGCGGCGCGUUGUUUGGGGACAUGUUCUUGGGGAAAUGUUAUGCUAGGUACACCACUAAUGGAGCUCAUGCUUAUGCCGCCAAAUCUAACCAUGAAUCCCAUAAUGAGAGUGAGAAGACAUUUGCCCUUAUCAUCGGAUUGUUAGCCGGAGUUGCUCUGCUCAUCGUUUUCUUGACUUUCAUGAGACGGAUAUUCACCGGAAAUGGUAAAUAAGUAUACAACAUUUCUGACAUUGGCAAUCUUGAGGCCACAGUGCAACUACUUCAUUUGCUUUUUAUGGCUGCUUUUUCUUCCCAUUUUAUUCAUCAACGUCGACUUGCCCUUCUCUCUUUAUUGUUUAAUUUUCUUUAAUUUCUUAUUUAGAAAAAAA